ACGCGCUAGCUGUAGUGUCCGGUUACAAGACCGGUUACUAGAACUCACAAUACUUCAUGAUACUUCAUUAUAAUUACGGAUUUUUGGGGUUAUCAUAAAAAGUACUGGCUUUUAAUCGUAUCCUAUCUGUGUGAACGGCUCUUAGUCUACUUGCCCAGACAGCAUGUUCAGAGUGAGGCCAAGGUAGCUUCUCGGACCCAGAUAACCAGCAGAUAACCAGCAGGCCUGGCGGAGAGAACCAGCACAGACCCAGAGAGAGGGAGGUCAGUGCCAGGACAGAGCCCAGAAAGAGGGAGGAGAGAGCCCAAAAAAAGUAUUGACGGACAGGCGAGGGGAAGAAGAGAUCCAGGGAUUAGGGGCUAAUCCAGGCUACGACCAAUCCCCUGAGGAGACCCCCCUUUUUCCUUCUGAAAACUCAGACAGCCGCCCGGAUUACUGCAUUAAACUUAUUACCUUUUAGAGACUUCUGUUUUUGUUAUUUUUCUGAAACCAACUGGUGCUCAGUUUCAGCCCUGCUCUAUCAGAUGCCUGGAGUGUGGGCGGCUGGAUUUGCGUAACUCUGAAAACAAAGGAUCAGAAGGAGAGGAGGAGGACAGAGCAGGGCAUGGGGGGAUGCUGGAACGUGUAGGAGACAUCUAGGAGCGUUAUUUAAAGACGUGUGGGGAUAAACCUUCGGGCUCCGGCUGUGUCUGCGGGAGUCAGACGAGAGAGAACCUUACCCUUGGCCAUCACCAUGAACCUGGGGAAGAUCCCUGGGCUGAAGGGCCUGGUGGCCGGCUCUCAGGGUAAACGUCAUUUCAAGGGUGACCUCACCUUGGACAUGAUCAGCCCUCCGCUGGGAGACUUCCGUCACACCAUGCACGUGGGCCGCGGAGGGGACGUGUUCGGGGACACUUCAUUCCUUAGCAAUCACGGCGGGGCCGCCAACGGAAACGAGGAUGAUGAUUCCGUCACAAGUCCUGACAACAAGAUCGGGGCUUUCUUCUCCCGGACCCUCCGGCAUGUUCGGAAGACACCAGAGCAUCCCAGGGGGGGGUCGAAGGACCUGUCCCCGCCACCCCCUCCCAUCUCCCCCAUCAUCAAGAACGCAGUGUCCCUCCCUCGGCUGGAUGUGGACGGCUGCCCUAUUAAAAACCUCUUCCACACCUCUCCUACCUCCCUGGAUGAGACCACUUAUGGUUAUGGUCUGGAGUCAGGUUUUGUCACUCUGCCCCGCCUCUCCCGCUCAGCGGAGCGUCAGUCGCAGCAGGGAGGCUCUAACUCCUGUACCCCCAACACCCACGGCGGCUCGGUCACCGACGUCUCUGCCCUCCUGUCCUCCUCCGCUGACCCGACCCUGACCUCUGACCCCAGUCACAUGACCCGGUUCGACUCCUUGUCCUCCAUGGCAUCCUUCACAUUCGACCUGGGGCCCUCCCUCAUGAGUGAGGUGUUCGGUUUGAUUGACAGCCCUAAUGGCCAGCCAGAGCCCAGCCACGCCUGGGAGGCAGAAGAGGCGAAAGAGCCAAGCGGCUCUGCGUUUGGGUUUGCGACCAAUGAAGGCUCGGAGAUGGACUCGGAGAUGGAUGCCACCACUGCCUCAUUGGUGGAUUCUCUGCUUCGAGAGGACUGUAGUAGCAGUAGGAAGAGUCCAUAUGGGAUGGAGUGGGAAGAGGAGGAAGAGGAGGCUAGGAGAAUGGAGGUGAAUGGAGGUGAGCAGCAUCUUAAAGGGGCAGUGCCUGAUUUAGUUAUGGGCUCCCCCUCUAGACAGAGGCCUGCUAUGGAGAGUGAGAGGUUCCAGGGUUCCACUGAUGUGCUGGGGGUGCUCUAUGGGGUUGGAGGGCUCCUGAAGGGGCAGCAGAGGAUGGAUCUGGAGGGAAAGGUGACCAUGUGCCAGACCAUGAAGAAAACCCCUUACAUCUGCAUUACACCCGAUGAGGAAGAGGAGGAAAUCAAAGUCUGAACUACAAUGACAGCCUCAAUUGUGUUUAACCAGAAUUACCUAUAACAGAUGUCCCACUGGGCACACACUGGUUGAAUCAACGUUGUUUCCAUGUCAUUUCAAUUAAAUUACGUUGAACCAACAUGAAAUAGACGUUGAAUUGACGUCUGUGCCCAGUGGGUUGUGAUUAUUGGUUAAUUCCUUGUAAAGUCUUUUGUUUAAAGAAACUGGCUCUAUUGACCUGACUCAGCUUUGAACCCUUCUUCAUAAUUUUCAAAUAUUCCUUUCAGAAAUGUAAUGUUAUGUCGUCAGGAGACUCACUUAAAGACUUUGAUUGUUCCCAAAUUCUCCCAAAUGUAAUGGAAAGUAUGUUUGUUGAAAGACUCAUUGAAAGAUUAUGGAUGCUGAAAGUUCCCCAAGCAAACAUGCUGUAUGGAAGGAGCUAGAACAGGCUAAUAAUAGCUAACUACAUGUCCUUUUAAAAGAGGUCACUGGAACCAAUGGCGAACAAAGAAAUAAAGAGAUGGGGUAGAAAGUGUGAGAAUGUACCAGAGAAAGUGGUCGGACACAGAGGAGUUACCAUGGAAACCAUAGGAGGUUGGUGGCACAUUAAUUGGGGAGAACGGGCUCGUGGUAAUGACUGAAGUGAAAUGGUAUCAAAUACAUUAAACACGUGGUUUUUCCAGGUAUUUGAUGCCAUCCACUUGUGCCGUUCCCGGCCAUUAUUAUUAGCUGUUCUCCCCUCAGCAGCCUCCUGUGAUGGAAACACUAAAGACAUUGCUCAACAUUGUGUAAGUCUGUUAACAGCUGGUUAAAUAUAUACUGUGUGGACUUCCUGAGAAAAAUGCUCAGUGUGACUUCAUAUAACUAUUCAAGGCAAAAGGCAAGACACGAAGACAAAGCAGUAGCGGUUUCAACCCGACUUCAUCUUUCCCUCACCACCAACCAGUCCCAUGGGAAACAAACUACGCCAAGAGAGAGAUCUUAACUCUUAGCACGUGACGUUAACUUCAGGAAAACAGUCCUCUUUUGCCUGAAGAUUACACCCAAGACAAACACUUCAUUUUUGCUUAUUCUACAGAUGCAGUAUGAAGCACAAACCAUGAGAAAUUCACUCAGAAAUGAAAUAGAUCAUUUUGUACAAUGUAAUAAUCACAAGUAUAAUGUUGUUACAGUAUGUUUGUUAAUUCACAUAUUUACAUCAUACCCCAUUUAGACAUGUUUCCCAAAUUCAUUAUGGGUCUAGCUAACUCUCAUCUUGCUUUUCGAUAGGAUAGUCACCUGCUUGUCUGCUAUUGUGUCAACCAAUGGUUGAAUCCUAUUUUUAGACUAUAUUAAGAAAAACAAUGUCCCCCAUCCGCAUAAAUGUGCUGCUAUUGAUACCAAUGAUAUUUCUAUAAUGAUAAAUGAAAUAAAAUGUUUUUAAUAA